CUCGAGUAGUUUUGCGUGAAAUUCAACAAAACAAUAUUUGUUUUUAUCGGCAAGGAAGAAGCAUAUUUGCAAUUUUCCAAAUUAAACAUUAUCUGUUUAGUGUGCCAUCUUAAGGUGAAAACUUGAUUUAAAGAUUUGGUGGUCGUAUUCUGCCAAAUGCGUAGAGAAGUCGUGUAUUUCAUCACUUUGACCGUGGUUUAAAAGAAAAAGGUAAAACUAAUAAUAUCAAGCACAACAAAAUAAUUCUGAAGUAAACCAACUGUAUUUUAUCAAAGCUCUUUAAAGUUGAAUGCACCAUGUUCAACUUAUGUGAGUAGUGUUUUCUUAAGUGUAAUGACAUCGUAAGGAGUACGACUACGACUGAGUACGAGUAGUGUUGAUUUCUUUCUUUCACCAUUUCAGUACUCUGAUUUGCAAAUUGCAGUACGAAGGUUAUCAACGAAGCAUAUGCUAUCUUAGACUUACACUUAACGUGAAGAAGAACACGGCUGCUUUAAUCAUGGAAGAUGAGGAAAUGUUCCUGUCCAUAACUGCUCCAACCUUUCACAGCAGUGUAGACUUCACUGUGCAUGACUGGCUAAAGAAGUAUAAUGCUACUUCCCUAAGACCUGUUGAUUUCAGGGAAUACUGGGCCUUGAAUGUACCCAAUAUCUAUAGUCCAAGAGCAGAUGUAAACUGUUUAAACAUGACUUUUGAUGAAGAGCUUGCAAAACAGGUACUGUUCACUCCCUUGGAACGGUUUGUAUGUGGCUGUAAUGAUACAUAUGGAGUUUUUGAAGAGUUGAAAAAAAUUGAUAACCCACCCGUGUUAUGUGGCCAUGUGUUCAAAUCAGAAGAGCCCACAUAUUCAUGCAGAGACUGUGGCUUAGAUCCAACAUGUGUGCUGUGUAUGGAAUGUUUUAAAAACAGUUCUCACAAGAAUCACCGCUACAAGAUGAGUAUGAAUGGAGGAGGAGGCUACUGUGACUGUGGAGAUGAAGAAGCAUGGAAAGCAUAUGCAUACUGUGAAAUGCACUUGCAAGGAAAGCAAAUGAUGUCUGCUCAAUCCAGUCCUAUUGAACAGAUUCCUUUAGAUCUCAUUCAGCGAGUGCGGCUAAUUAUGGAGGUUGUUUUGUCAUAUUGUCAUGAAAUGUUGUCAUGGGAACACCCAAUUUCUCCACCUCCCGACCUUUGCCCUCCUGGAUUUAGGACAACCAAUGAAUCUCAGGAUAUAUAUGCUACAAUGUUGUUUAAUGAUGAAAUUCAUACAUAUGAUCAGGUUAUUCAUACACUAAGUCGAGCCAUUGAAUGUUCUGAAAAGGAAGCAACUGACUGUGCAUCGACAAUUGACAGAGAAGGAAGAAGAAUUGUUAAAUGUGGUACUUUUGAUAAAUGCGAUGAGGUUCGUAAAAUCAUUGAGCGUACCACUUCACGUUCAGGGAGAAAGCCACUUCGGGUUGUGGUGAUGCACAGUUCUGUGAUAGCACACCAAAUCUUUAGCAUGAGGUUGUUAUUAUGGCUGAAACAGAUGCUGUCUUACAGCAAAGCCUUUCAUGUUAUCUUUAGUCAAGUAAUGAUGGAAUCACCCACAACAGAUUUUCCUUUAUUGGAAAGUAUUAUAUUAUCUGAUACCCAGCUUUGGAAAGCAGCUCGUAAUCAGUGGCAUCAGCUCUUUAUUAGUGGAACACUAAUGGACCAACAGAGCAAGAAGACAUUUGCCAGAAUCUUUACCCAUAAUUACCCUCUUUUAAUGAAGGAUUUUAUUGCUGAUGACCACGAACACUCAGUUUCAAUUACCUCUCUAUCUGUGCAAAUUUUUACUGUUCCAACACUUGCUCGUUAUCUGAUCAUGGAAGAAGAUGCUAUAUAUGUCCUUCUUAGAACAUUUUUGACAGAAUGUGAGAGAAAUCGUAAAGAUGGAAAGUUGUGUUUUGAAAGAGGUCAAAAUAUUGAGAUGUUUCGCCGCUCACAGUAUGUGCUCUUUGAUUUGAGGUUCCUAUUAACAGUAAAACCAAAAGAUUGGAAUUCUUCCUUAAGGAAGAAUUUCCUCCAUGGUAUUCAGCAGCUGCUUAAUUUUCUCAGUUGGAUGCAAGGCAUGGACUCUGUGAUAAGACAAGUGGGUCAACAUAUAGAAUUUGAAGCCGAAUGGGAAACUGGUAUAAACCUUCAGUUGAAGCUAGUACCACUAAUCACACUAGUUUUGGAUUGGUGUGGAUCUGAUCGUGUGGUUUUGGUAAAAGCCCUUAGAGCUGCCUUAAAACUUUUAGAGACUAUCCAAGAAAAAAUGACUGCUAUUGGUCAAGAAGUUGCAGAUCAUUCAGCUUCUUGUAUUGAGUGUGAUAUUUCUUCUAUGCCCGUCACGAUACAUUUGCCACUUUCACGGUUUGUGGCAGGUUUGGUUCUUCACCUGUCAAAGUAUGACUUAAUGUACAAUUCUCCAGAGUUUCUCAUAGGUAACAAGCCUGGCCCUGAAGAACUUAUGGAACCUCCUUUAAGAACACAGGUUAUGAUAGCCCAAUUUAGAGCAGGAAUGUGGAGAAGAAAUGGAUAUUCAUUAGUGAAUCAAGUAUCUUUCUAUCACAAUGUUCGACUUCGUGAGGAAAUGUUAGAUCGAGAUAUCAUGUUGCUCCAGAUAGCUGCAUCUCUGAUUGAAAGUAAUGAGUUUGUUAUUCAUCUCCUUAACAAGUAUGGCUUGUUAAUUUGGGUUGGAGACACUUUUGAUACUUCCCGCAGGUCAGAGGAUGAGUACACAAGACAAACUGCUGCUAUUGCUGAAGAAUUUCUGAGUUUACUUAUUACUAUUAUUUCAGAAAGAUACUAUCCAGGUAUUGGAAAUGUUACUGAAAGAGACAAAGUUAAGAAAGAAAUAAUUCAAUUGCUUUGUAUUGAAUCCAUGCCUCAUAGUCAGUUGUGUAAAAUGUUACCAAGAGACUCCAACCAUGAAACUGGAAUAGAGGAUGUUAUGACUGAAGUAGCAGGCUUAAAGAAACCUACCGAUACUUCCACUGGUAAAUAUGAAUUAAAACCAGAGUUUUAUUCUUGCUUCAAUCCAUUUUUUUAUCAUUACACUCGAGAAGAACAAUCUAAAGCUGAAGAGGUACAAUUAAAAAGAAAAAAGCAAGCUGGAGAAGAAGAAUGUUGCCCUCCUCCUUUGCCCCCAGAGUUUACUCCACCAUUUUCCAUCAUCAUUAAUAUCUUACAGUGUGAUGUAAUUGUUCAUAUAACAAAUCUGGUUUUAAAGAGAGCAUCUAAUCUGCAUAGCACAGCAUAUUCUGAAGGUCAGCUGGAAAAAAUUUUACAUUUAAUAGGUUUAGCUUUGCAUGAAGAACAGCGACAACAAGAAAGCAAAGAAGAAAAUGGUUUUUUUCGAUAUACUGAAAUAGCAGAAAAGAAGGGAAUUUUAGCUAACUUAGAAAGUUGUCAAGGGUUUCCACGUGUAGAGGCACACAAAUAUUUGUUAAAUUGGACAUUAAGAAAGUUUCAUGCCUUGCAGAGACAGAAAAAAGAAGGAAAAGCUAUGGUAACAGAUGUUGAACCUCUUCCUGAAAGCACUGCUUCCACUAAUAGUAAACGAGAUAAAAAGCAAAGUGCUCAACAAGCUGCAGCUCGGCGAGCUAGAAUAAUGGCUCAGAUGUCAGCCAUGCAGAAAAGCUUCAUAAGACAACAUGCUGAGUUGUUGAAGGAGGUUGAUUCUGAAGAAUCAUCUAAUCAAAUAGAAUAUGAAACAUUUGUUGUUGAGGAAGGUAGUGAUGAUCCUGUGGCUUUGGGUAACCUUCAGAGAGGAAGAAUGAUAUACAGACAAAUUUAUACUUGUAUUCUUUGCAGGGAAGAACAGGAAGCUACUUUGACUGGAAGAACUCUUGUUAUAGGUGCAUUUGUGCAAAGAUCCACUGUUUUAUCUAAGGUUAGAAACCACAUAUUUGAGAAUCCUAAAGAAUUUAAUCCUCUUUUAAUAUCAGCUGACCUAUCUUGUGGUCCUCACACCAGCACAUGUGGUCAUGUUAUGCACAGUGUUUGUUGGAAGAAGUUUUUUGAAGCAGUAGUUGCAAAAGAAAGACGAAGACCUGUAAGAUAUGGUCGUCAUGUGAGCUACAAUGUAGACAAACAGGAGUUCUUGUGUCCAUUAUGUGGGUGUCUUAGUAAUACAGUAAUACCUUUGAUGCCUCCAAAUACCACCUUCUUAACAAAUACUGUAACCGAAACUAAAAGCAUUAAAAUGGAUAACUGGCUGUUUGGUCUUCAGAAAGCUGUGGAAAAACUUCAAGUGCAGAGACUAAGAGCUCCUCUUUCUGAAGAUGAGUCGGGAGAGAAGUUCCUGUAUCGGUAUAAACCAACCUCUCUACAAGAGGUGAUGAGCUAUUUUUCAGCUGAUGUGAGUGAGCAGUUGCAUUCAUUAUUUUCAGUCUAUCUACAACAACAUACACUUUGUAACAGCUUUCCUGACAGUCUGCUAGACAUGAUCAAGGUUUUCUGCCAAGCUACCUAUACGGUGGGACUUAAUGUUCAUCCACAUUCUGAUGAUGAAAGAGUCCCUUUAAUGGCCUGGUGGUCUUGUGCCUAUACAAUUCAUUCUAUAGAUCAACUUUUGCAAGAUCAGAAAAAAUCAUUGUUUGGUGACCUAUCAUCUCGUCAAGCACAGUGCAUUCAAAGUUUGGUGCGAGUUGUGGGAGCCAGUCUUCGUAUCUUUGAUGCACAAGUGGUGCGUAGCCACUGUGUAAACCUUUUGCAAUUUCUUCUGUUACCAGAACACCACUCUUGCAGUCCAAACUGUUGUUUAGAAGUAGAUGCCUUCACUUUGCUAGUGUUUGGUUGCCUGUCCAUGCCUGCUCUUUUCACAGCAAGUAACAACCAUGGAAGCAACAGUGGCUUGGCAUUUCCUUUGGGUGGUGACAAUGAACUGUGUAUGCUUCAUCUAAUAUUAGUGUUUCAUUUGGUACAGAUUUUACUCAGUAUUGAUUUUCCUACUCUUGAGGAGACUGAAACCAGUGAAUCUCAGCACAAAGAGACACCUGAAGAGGUAGAAAUCUGCUGUUUUUACUUUGAGGUUUUGAAUGAAACAGGAUUAGAAAAUAGUAGAAAAUCUGUAAAUGUUCAAAAGCUGCUCAGAAAUAUUCAUCAAGCUAUGCUGCCCUUUCUUCGAUGUUCUGCAUUAUUCUUUCAUUUUCUCACUGAUGUAGGAGCUCCAGAGACUCUGCAGGAAAUGCAUGGAGAAGAAUAUCAGUUCCAAGCAUUAUGUCGCUACCUUGGUUUAUCUUGUCAUUUAAAUGAAGUAGUACAAUCUUCUUUACUUCGACAGUUAGCCCAUUGCUGGGCUCGUCGUGCUCGAGACUGCUGUUUAUUUACCAAAGAAAAGUCCCAAAUGACUGAAGGAGGGGACAGUUCACCUCGAAAGUGGGUACUCAUCAAGUAUCCCACAGUCAUCAACCAACUUGUGUGUCUGCCAGCUGACUACAGUGAUCUCAUCAACAACAUUUCUAUGUUCACUUGUCCAAAUUCUAAUGGAGAUGAUAGUCGUUCUCCCACUUUGUGUCUUGUUUGUGGCCAGAUGCUUUGCUCUCAUAGUUACUGCUGUCAGAUGGAGUUAGAAGGAGUUGUGGUUGGAGCCUGUACUUUCCAUGCUCAUAUUUGUGGUGCUGGGGUUGGGAUGUUCUUAAGAAUAAGGAACUGUGAAAUAUUACUACUUGGGGGUAAAACCAAAGGUUGCUACAUGGCUCCCCCUUAUGUAGACGAGUAUGGUGAAACAGAUCAAGGACUAAUGCGUGGAAACCCACUCCAUCUAUGUAAAGAUAGAUACAGAGAACUUCAUCGCCUGUGGCUUUCUCAUGGAAUACCAGAACAAGUGUCUCAUACUUUAGAACAAUUUCCUUUUCUUGCAACCACAAAUUGGCUGCUUAUGUAAUAAACAAUUAAUGUAUAAACCACAAUAGCCUUCCUUCUUAUAUAUGCAUUUAAAGGAGAUGGUAAUUCUGCAAAACCUCUCUCAAUAAGAAGGCUGCUGUACUUGAUGUCUAGAGAGAGAUUCUAGUAACCUAAGAUAUCAAGGAAAAUGUGAUGCAGCAGUGUACAUACAACUCUUAGUUUUAAAAAGUUAAACAGUGAUAAAAUAAAAUGUUUUUAUCAGCAACAAGCAGGGGUAAGGCCAUCAGUUGUUUACACACAAUUAAAGACAUGAGACUAUGAAACCUGUAGAGUAACUUCUUGUAUAACAUAAAAACAUGUUUGAACAAGUGCAGUGGUGAAUCUUACAACAACAAAAAAGUCAUGUUCGUUAUUAAUCUUAAUUAAGCAUUGAAAAUAAUUUCUUAAUGUUUAUCAUUUAUUUCACUUAUUUGUUUAGAUUUUAUAAACAAAAAAUCAACUCCAGUAAUGUGAAGGUUUGUGGUAUGUGAUUUUGUACUGGCAUGAACACCUCUACAUGGAAUACACUUGUCACUGAUAAUUUGGCUUAUUACCACUUACAUCCAGUUUGAAAAUUUCCCAAGUACAAUUUUCUUUUCUUCCCAAACUAGAAGAGCUUGAUAUCCAGCAAUAUAAUAAUACUUUUUAAUAGUUAGUCAAACCCCCUCUGUCUUUAUGGUACUCAUUAUAACAUUAUACUUUGUUUUCAAGUUUUAAUUAUGACAUGAGAUGCACAUGCUAGAAUUAUCUUUAGAUUACCACAACACGGGUUGACACCUUAGACUUAUCAUAUAUUUAUAUAUGUAGGUAAUUUUGAUUUUUUGAACCUUAGUUUUUCUAGACAGUAUUUCCCAGAAUAGUUUAUAUAAACAAUAUAAUCUGAUGAAGUUUGUAUCAAUUUUUUUAGUUUUGGGAAAAUGACAGUGAACAUGCACAUUCAUGUCAAAGUAAAAUUCAGUAUAAAAGAUUAUAUAGAUUCAUGGUUUUUUCCUACAUUAUUCCUCUGGCUUAAAUACUUGAGUUAGUGCUUUGUACUGGUACUAUUGCACACGAAUUUUGAUAUGUUUUGUGGCUGUCAUAUUAUCUUUCAGUGAUUAAUAUUUUAUAUGUUGUGUCUAACUGAAUAGAGAGGUGCUUUGUGCAUUAAUAUAAUAAAAAUAGACAAUUUAGUAUGUUAAAUUUCAUAGUUACUAAAAGUUCUGAUCAAACUUCACUAUUUUAACAUUUAACAUUGUGGUAAGUUUUGAGAUGAUUAUUAAUUGGUUAAAUACUUUAAUUGCAUUGUUUUUGUGUUGUUAUUUUUUUUAAUGACAUUCGGAUUCUAAAUGUCCUGUGUUUAUAGUUCUAAAGUGUUUUUUCUGUUUUAGUAAAGUAUAUGCUUUUUAAAUUCAGGUAUAUAAAGUUGUAUAGAUAUUUAGUCAGUACAGUCUCUGUGUUCUUUAUCUAUGGAAGUUUGUGAUUAAGAUCCGGAAAAAUGUAUUUAGGUAAAACACUAUAACUAUAGACACAUUAAAGGUACAAGUAUACCAGUUGUAAGGAAAAGUUGUAUGUAUAUGAUAGUCUGCUGACAAAUGUAAAAUAAUGACAAUACUAAUGUACAAAUACAUAUAAGUAGCAAAGUAUAUGCUUUGUUUCAAAACUAUUCAUGGGCACAGUUUUGUGUUGAAAAGAUGGAUAAAACAAAGGAAAUGAUUAAAAAUUGUUUACAGAUAUAAUUAUUUAAACAAUGUGCCCAGACAGUCCGUUAAAUGGAACUUCAGUAUACUAGGAAAGUAAACAAGUCUAAACAUUACUGUUUUCAAUUAAGUGUAUAACUAGUUGUUGUUGUUUUUUUGAAAAUAUUUGAAUGUUUGGAUAUUAUAAUGUUUUACUUGCAUUAAAAGAUACUUAAUGCUAAAAUUUAUAUAAAACAAAAACUUUGUACAACAUAAGCUGCUUGCAAGUUAUGGUUUUUGAAAAAUGCAGGUCAACUGGAACAGAUUUACUUAAUGCAGUGUAACAUUGUCGUUUUUAUUGUUUAAUAUAAUAAUGUUUUAAUUUUUGAUUAAUUGUGAAUCUCAAUCUUAUUUUCAACUUCAUUUUUAAUCGAGAAUCACGGUUGUUUAAAAUUUUGGUCAGACAAUUCUUUUAUUUGUUUAUCAGUAUCCAAAAGUACAGUUACUUUACAAAGAUGUCUUAGUGCUAAAAUGAAAAUUUGUGUCAUUUUAACACCAUAAAGUGUUUUAUACAUCAUAUUCUUUGAGCAGCUUAGGGUCUAAUUAUAGUAAGCUUCAGAUUGAGCAAACAUAAUGUGAAGCUAGUAAUUUUCCACGGUAUCUGACAGAUGUGAAACUUGCUUUUGGUUCAGAGAAAUGCAUGAGAAAGUAAGUACAAACAUAAUAUUUGUGAUUUACUUUAAGAGUUUUAUUUUUUCUUCAUAAAAUAGUUGUAUGAGAAAGAUAAUGAUACCCAUAAUCACUUCUCCCAAUCAUAUUUGAGAGUUUUUGUACAAUUUUUAUUGUAAUUAAUACUGACAAAUGAUAGAUGUUACUCAUAUUUGACUUGAAUUUUAGCAGAUACAAUGAAAUAAAUUAUUGCUCUGUCUUCUGUAAUCUAUUUCAGUGUUUUUUUAUAUACUUGAUUUAUACAACAGGACAAAAUAAAUGAAGCUGCCACUAAAAUGUUACAGCAUUGUUUUUC